CGGAGCCGCGGCACCGGAGCCCUGUGAUCCCCGCCCCGCAGGCGGAGCCCCCUGCCCGCCGGGGCCGAGCGCAGGGACAGGAGCCCGCAGGCCGCUCCCGGGAGCCGCCCAGGCCCGGGCCGGAGAGCGCGGAGCCCUGUCCGCUCCCCAUGAGGCUCCCCCCGGCGGCGGCGCCCUGACCUCCGGAUCCGCCCCGAUGUCGGGUCCCCGGGGCGCCCUGCAGGCCUGGUGCCGCCGCCAGUGCGAGGGCUACCCCGGCGUGGAGAUCCGCGACCUCAGCAGCUCCUUCCGCGACGGCCUGGCCUUCUGCGCCAUCCUGCACCGGCACCGGCCCGACCUGCUAAAUUUUGAUUCACUCUCCAAGGACAAUGUCUACGAGAACAACCACCUGGCCUUUGAGUUGGCAGAGCGGGAGCUGGGGAUCCCCGCCCUGCUGGAUCCCAACGACAUGGUCUCCAUGAGGGUCCCCGAUUGCCUCAGCAUCAUGACCUACGUGUCUCAGUAUUACAACCAUUUCACCAACCCCAACCAAGCCAGAGUCCCUCCACCCAUGAGGCACCCGGCUGCUGCCUCGUCACCCCUUCUGCCAGCUCCCAAGAAGCUCAUCCCUGCAGCGGAUAGCACCACGGCACCACAGGAUGAUGUUGUCGAAGGCCUGGCGGAGCGGUCCCAGCGCAACACACUCAGCAGCACCUGCGCAGCCUGCCACCAGCACGUCCACCUGGUUCAGCGCUACCUGGCUGACGGCAAACUGUACCACCGCCAGUGCUUCAGGUGUAAGGAAUGUUCCAGCACACUACUCCCUGGAUCCUACAAGCCUGGGCCGGAGUCGGGCACUUUUGUGUGCACCCAGCACCGGGGCAAGCUGGGCCUGAGUGGGAGGACGGAGUGCAGGCCCAGCCCUGAUUUGCAGCACCCGGGCAAGAGGACUGAGGCUGGAGCAGCCACUGUGGGUGAGGAUGCCCCCCCCUCGGAGGAGGAGGAGGAGGAGGAGGAAGGGAAAGAGGACGGUGUCCAAACAUCCCUGGUGAUUGCAUCAGAGAGCCACCCACCAGGAGAGAAGGAGGCAGGUGCAGCAGAGAAGGGUCGUGCACCCAUUGGAGUGGAGACGGCAGUGUCCCCUGCCCGUGCAGAGAAUGAAACACCCAGCUCUGAGCCCUGCUCCCAAACUCCACCCAGGCCUCCUCUCCCCAGCAAACCACCAGUGCCCAGCCAGGACAAAGCCAGCCCACUGGACGGACGGCUCAAGGACACUCGUCCCACCCCAGCCCCGAGGAGGGGCGCAGACGCAGCAGCCCCGUCACCACCAAGCUCUCACCCCGUCCCUCGGCCUAGAUCCAACGUGCAGAGUGAGGCCUCUGAGCCAGGGCCUGGCCUGGUGAAUGGUAGGGUACCUGAACCCGGCCCCCCAGUCCCCAAACCGAGAGGGAGACCCACCUCCUCAGAUCGAGCGGGAGCUGCUGUUAGACCAAAGGACCCUCCGUGGAUUGCGUUGGUUCAGCCAGAGCCCAAGAGGAAGCCGGCUCCUCCCCCGCCAGGCAGUGGCCAGGAGACUCCCACGAGGGCUUCAGAGGAAGAGGAGGAGCAGGGGAAAGGGAGGGAAAGGGAGAGCAGAUCUGCCAGCAGGGAGCCCAAAGCCUACAACCCCUUUGAGGAGGAGGAGGAGGAGGAGGAGGAGGAAGGUGCAACACCAAAGAGCACGCCAAAGCAGGACCAGAGUGAGAGCAUGACAAAACCCACUCAUCCCUGGUACCGCAUCACCCCUACUAGCAGCCCCAAGACAAAGAAACGUCCGGCUCCGCGAGCACCCAGCUCCUCCCCCCUAGUUCACCACCCCAUCUCCAGGCUCUCGCACUCAGAGCCAUCCUCCUCCACCCCAUCACCUGCCCUCAGCCUUGAGAGCAUCAACUCCGAGUGUUCAGCCAAGGCCCCUGGUGACCCAGAUGAGGCGUCAGUGCCCAAGAGCUCCUCCGAACCCACAGUCCAUGCGCCAGUUGCUUCCAAGAUCUCCUGUGCAGACACUCCGCUCACCAGUGUCUCCUCCAGUGAGAGCCCUGCAGCCCCAGCCAGCCUGUCCGCCAACUCCUCCUUCUCUUCCUCCAGUGAGCUGGCCAGCUCCAGUGGGGAGGCGCAGGGGGGAGCUCAACAGACCAGCAAGAGCUUUUCUGCCAGCAAUUUAAAGACCAGCCCCAGCCAACUGCCCCCCAAGCCUCCUGCCAGUGCUAGUCCCACACCCAUCCUGUUGGCCUCAGACACGGGUGAAGGAGGCCCCAAGAAUUCCCCAUCGCCCAAGCCGCAGCUGAAGUCUUCAUGCAAAGAGAAUCCUUUCAACCGGAAGUCAUCACCUGUCACCUCCCCCUCGGCCCAGAAACCCCCCAAAGGAUCCAAGCCAGCGCGCCCUCCUGCACCAGGACAUGGCUUCCCGCUGAUCAAACGCAAGGUCCAGGCGGAUCAGUACGUCCCAGUGGAGGAUAUUUACGGAGAGAUGGACACCAUUGAGCAGCGGCUGGACGAGCUGGAGCACCGAGGGGUGGAACUGGAGGAGAAACUCCGCAGUGUCGAGAAUGAUAGCCCCGAGGACAGCCUGCUGGUGGACUGGUUCAAGCUCAUCCACGAGAAGCACAUGCUGGUGCGCCGUGAGUCUGAGCUCAUCUACAUUUUUAAGCAGCAGAACUUGGAGCAGCGUCAGGCUGAUGUAGAGUACGAACUGCGGUGCCUUCUCAAUAAGCCGGCUAAGGACUGGACGGAUGACGACCGAGAGAGGGAGACGGUGCUGAUGCAGGAGCUGGUCACCAUUAUUGAACAACGUAAUGCCAUUGUCAACUGCCUGGAUGAGGACCGGCAAAGAGAGGAAGAGGAGGAUAAAUUGUUGGAAGCCAUGAUUAAAAAGAAAGAAUUUCACAAGGAGUCUGAGGGCAAGAAGAAAGGAAAGUUCAAGCCCAUGAAGGUGCUGAAGCUGCUUGGCAAUAAACAUGAAUCAAAGAGCAAGUCACCCAAGGAGAAAAGCUAGAGCAGGAGAAAGCCAGAAGCAAGGAUGGAUGCACUGCUGUCUGACUGCAUCAGCCCUCCCUGUGGCUGGCUGGAUACCUGCCACUGGGGCUUCUGCCUCCCACUCCCCUCCAGAAGCUGUCUCUCCCCUCUCGUCAACCCCCACAUGCCAACGCUGAUUUCUCCCAGGGAAACUUAGCUUUCAGCCACAGACAUGGAGUUGCCCAAAAAAGAGGAGACAUGGCGAGUCUGAUCAACAAUAUUCCCCCUUCCUAAGGCUGUGGGGAGCCUGAUUAGAGGAGAAAAGAUACUAUCCACAAGCUUUGGGGAGUGGGGAGGAGGUGAAAUAGCUUUAGGAGAUAUUACCCAGUUGUGUGUUUAUUAUUAUUAUUAACUGUCUGAGCGGUAAGUAAAGGAUUUUGGUAUUUGUGGGAAACUUG